GAACUGAUCACCGUCCCGAACCUCCAAACCUGCCCAUGCAAAUCGAGUCAAGCCGCGGUAAACUACUAGUAGCACCGGCCGGGCGGCCGGCAGAUCACCGCACCUCACCGUUUAAAGAAGGCAUUCCCCGCUAGUUGAUCGCCGCCCUCGACCUCGAGAAACAGAGCCUUUGCAAGACCGACCAGCAACCGACGGCAAUGGCUCGCGAGAGGAAGCCGCUGGCCGUGGCCCUUGCCGUGGCGCUGCUCCUGGUGGGGCUGUGCCGCGGCGACGUGGUGCAGUUCAUCUUCGGCGACUCGCUGUCGGACGUGGGCAACAACAACUACCUGACCAAGAGCCUCGCCCGCGCCGCGACGCCGUGGUACGGCAUCGACUUCGGCCGCGGCAUGCCCAACGGCAGGUUCUGCAACGGCCGCACCGUCGCCGACAUCGUCGGCGACAAGAUGGGCCUCCCGCGCCCCCCAGCGUUCCUCGACCCCUCGCUGGACGCCGACACCAUCUUCAAGAACGGCGUCAACUACGCCUCCGGCGGCGGCGGCAUCCUCAACGAGACGUCCUCCCUCUUCAUCCAGAGGUUCUCGCUGUACAAGCAGAUCGAGCUGUUCCAGGGCACGCAGGCGUUCAUGCGCGAGAAGAUCGGCGGCGCGGCGGCGGACAAGUUCUUCGGCGAGGGCCAGUACGUGGUGGCCAUGGGCGCCAACGACUUCAUCAACAACUACCUCCUCCCGGUCUACUCCGACUCGUGGACCUACAACGGCGACACCUUCGUGAAGCACAUGGUGAGCACCCUGGAGGCCCAGCUGAGGCUCCUCUACGCGCUGGGCGCCCGGCGGCUCACCUUCUUCGGGCUGGGCCCCAUGGGUUGCAUCCCGCUGCAGCGCUACCUGACCUCCUCCGGCGGGUGCCAGGAGUCAACGAACAAGCUCGCCAAGAACUUCAACACGCAGGCGGGCGCGCUGGUGGCGCGGCUGUCGGCGUCGCUGCCCAACGCGACGUUCCGGUUCGGGGAGGCGUACGACUACUUCCAGGACAUCAUCGACCGGCCCUACAUGUACGGGUUCAACAACUCGCGGGCGCCAUGCUGCACGCUAGGGAGGAUACGGCCCACGCUCACCUGCACGCCGCUGUCCACGCUGUGCAAGGACCGGAGCAAGUACGUGUUCUGGGACGAGUACCACCCCACGGACAAGGCCAACGAGCUCAUCGCGCUCGAGACGCUCAGGAAGCUCAACAUCACCGUCGUCAGCAACGGCACGUCCAGCUAGCGAUCGAGCGGAUGGGUCAUGGACGACGACGAGCGAAUGGGCAUAUGCGUUUCUGUGUGUUUUAUCUGUAUAAAUAAGUUGAAGAGAGUAAAUUCAUUGCAAGGAGCAGAUUACACACAUGUGUAUGGAUGUAAGCAUAGAAACAAAUUUUGUACACUCUCUCUGGUCAAUUUAAGAUUGUCCAGCAGGCAGGUCAUGUAUGAACCUAGCUGGGAAGCGUGGGAAGGAAACUUCGGAGCUUUUGGUGGGCAGGUAGACUUGGUACAGGAGUUGACCUAACAAAUUUAGAAUAUGCUUUUUCGUUGCA